AUGCGCACCAGAGCUAUUCAGGAUGAGAAACUCAGACGUAAAGCUGUUAAGGAUGCAGACUUCUUAAGAAAUAAUUAUGUCUAUAGAGGUAAGAAUUCGAAGAGACAGGAGUCAAAGGAUGAGACCUUGAAAAGAUACCUUGGCAAUCCUGGUGGAAUUUUGAGUAAUGAAAAAUUGGCUCUUUAUAGCCCUAAAAAUCCUUUCUCUGAUCUAAACUCUAAUGCUGUUACACUUGAAAAGGAUAGACAACUUCAUGAUGAGAAUAGCAUUAUUGGAUGCGCGGUAAAUCCUACCAAUUUGGUAGGAGAUUUAAAGGUUAAUAAAAAACUCAGAGAAAAAGGUAAAUUUGAGCCUAAAACUCUCUCUUCUUUCGAAGAAAAUAUGCCUCAAAACCUAGUUCAGCAAAUUAGAGCUAUGAACUCUGAAGAAUUUGACAGAAAAACUUUAUCUCAGUCUAAAAACUCUUUUAUCCCAGAUUUGGUUUACCAUGAGGAAUUAGAUAGAGUAAACUCUUUACAUAAUGCUAUGGUUAAGCCAAAUACUUUCAUUCCUCCUCCACAACCGAAUGAUGCUUCAACUGGGAUGACUCAUGAAAGCUUGACUAAUGGAAAUUAUUACCCUGUGAAUAAUGACUUCUUUGCGAAGGAUCAAUUCAAGUGAUAUUCUACCACAAUGAGUCUGAUAAAUGAAAUGAACAAGGAAAAACCAGCUCACUUAAAGGAGUACGAUAGGAGAAUGUUUGACGGCCAGAACAUCAUGUCCCUCGGAAACGUAUUUUAUAAGAAGAAUGAUGAAGUCCCAGAAAAACCAACCAAAGAUCAAGUUGUGCAGAGUACUAGUCCUUACCAAUCUCCGCAAAAGGAUGAUGGAGUCUUUACAAAGUAUGACAUUGUUGUUGAUAAAGGACAUGGGCCACAAAUUAUGCAGAAUCAGCCAAAUAAUCAAUCAAGGAGGCAAGUGAUGUCAAGGCAUGUACCAGCUCAGCCAGGAAUUCAGAUAGAAUAUCAUGACCACCCUCAGUCAAUGAUGAACAUUUCCCCGCAAUCAGAGACAAUCGAAGCUGCUGAGGUCGAGCUUCAUAAAGAUGAGUAUGACGAAGAAGAGGAAGAAGAAUACCCUCAAUACGAGCAUUAUCCACUCCCAGUAGGCCAAGAAGAGCAAUGCAGGAAGCAACUUCCAAAUAAGAACAACUUUGCUAACUCUACUAGCGAGAUGAGCUCUAGUAAGGAAGAAUCUAGGAAAAAGGAUAGAUCAACUGGCAAAAAAAGAGUAGUCUUUCAAGACCAAAAGAGUGAAGAUGAAAAUAUUAAGAAGGAUUUGUUCUCUCAUAGUGAUCAGAAGCUACAAUCAAGCCAUUUAGGGACUUCUCAAGGAUAUGGUACUGAGAGUGAACAUCAGAGCCUCCAGAAGUAUCCAGGUCCAGCUCCUGAUUAUGACCAUUUCCAUGAUGAAUCAAUGAGCAAGCUCGAAGCAGUUCUGCAGAGACAAAGAGAAAGACUUGAAAAUCUAGGAGGCUUCUCAGGAAAAUCAUCUCAAAUUAGUAAUGCAGUUGAAAACGAAGAAAAUCUUGAAGAAGCCUAUCAGGAUCUUGAAAAUGAAAUCCAAAACAUUAAGCAAAACCUAGAAGCAAGCCAGCCUUCAGAUCAAUACUCCCCAAUGAAGCUUGGAGCUAGAAAUAUGGAUGGGCCUGGCUUCCAUGAUGAGAUGGACCUCUCUCCUUCAGAUUUGGACCCCGAAGAAUAA